UGCGUCUUCACCCCCAUCUGCAGAGUGGCAUGGCCCAAGUAUUUCUCCAAAAUGGCGGCGCCGAAUACGAAACGCAUCGUGUACGUAGGUGGCCUUGCUGAGGAGGUAGAUGAAAAAGUCCUCCAUGCAGCCUUCAUCCCGUUUGGAGACCUGGUGGACAUCAACAUCCCGCUGGACUAUGAGACUCAGAAGCACAGAGGGUUUGCAUUUGUGGAGUUUGAAGGCGCAGAGGAUGCAGCUGCUGCCAUAGACAAUAUGCAUGAGUCUGAGCUGUUUGGAAGAACCAUCAGAUGUAACCUGGCCAAACCCAUGAAACUGAAGGAAGGGUCCAUGAAAGCAGUCUGGUCAGAAGACUCCUGGCUGAAGAAGUUUGCAGGGAAGUCCCUGGAUGAAGGAGAGACAGAGGGGGCAGGGACAUCAUCAUCAUCAGCAGAGCCUGGAGAGAAGAGACCGGCGGAAGAGUCUGGACAGAUGGCGGAGCCAGCAGCCAAGAAGGCGAAGGGUAACCCUCAGGUCUUCAUGGACAUCAAGAUUGGCAGUCGGCAGGCUGGCAGGAUUGUCAUUCUUCUUCGAGCUGACGUUGUGCCAAAAACUGCAGAGAACUUUAGAUGCCUUUGCUCCCAUGAAAAAGGCUUUGGAUACAAGGGCAGCUCGUUCCACAGGGUCAUCCCACAGUUUAUGAACCAAGGAGGAGACUUCACCAACCACAACGGGACAGGAGGGAAGUCCAUCUAUGGGGGGAAGUUUGAGGAUGAGAACUUUGAACUCAAACACACAGGACCAGGUAUCAUGUCCAUGGCCAACUCGGGACCGAACUCAAAUGGCUCUCAGUUCUUUAUGACAACUGCUCCGACACCAUGGUUAGAUGGGAAGCAUGUGGUGUUUGGCCAGGUCAUAGAAGGCAUGGACGUCGUGAAAAAAGUUGAGAAAAUUGGAACCAAAUCAGGAAAACCAACUGAAAGGGUGGUCAUAACUAACUGCGGAGAGCUUGUUUUUGUUUUAUUCUAAGUGUUGACAUAAACAACCAUUAUACAGAUCUCUCUCCAUUUGGAAUACAUGUAUACUGUAUAGUCUGGAUACGGGCUGCGACCUGGUCCAAAAAAAUUACUUCAUUUGUCUAGCGAAAAAGAGAGAACUCAAGUGUAAGACAAGUCUUGCAGAAUUCUGUUAAAGAUCAAAUUGAGCUGUUUUUAGAUAUCAGUAUGUGUUAUCACAUCCUUCCUGGCCCAUUACAUGUGGCAGGCUUUGUGUUAGGAUAAUGAUAGAUUUCAUCCUGUGUACUUAAGGCCAUGUUGAUGUGAUCAUAUGGAUGACAUCCUCUGGGAACCCAAAAAUGCUGCAAAUGUGCAAAUAGCAAAAAAAUUGCUGCAAUAAAGGUUGCCUACAGUAUGAACUAUGAAAUCUAAGUGGUGGACAGGAAGGUUGAACAAAUGACUAAUCACACAGAGUAUGGUAUACCGAACAAUAUAUUUUUAAUUUUUGCUCUUGUACGUUGUACAUCUAGUUCUUUGACUUUGGAAUUUACUUUGGCAUUCUAUGACAUUGGUAUCAAUUUUCCGAUAUUCUUUUUCAAUUUACGGCAUAUGCAGUCAAACCUCCCAAAGAAGACCGCUUCGAGGUUCAAGUAACAUCUGGUCUAUGUGGACAGGUGGUCACUAUAGACAGGAUUAGUAAUGCUUGUGUCAAUGGGAAAAAUGAUCAAAGGGACCAGCAGAAAGUGGUCACAUUUGGCCAGGUGGUCCUUAUGUAGAGGUGGUUACUUGUACAGGAUUGACUAGGUGCUCAUUUUACAGCUGCUUUGUAUGGUCAAAUAUUUUUUAUUUAUUUUUGAAACGGACAAAAAUUAAUGCGCACAUGGAUGUAACUCAUAUCAUCAAAUCAGCAUGGCCUAAGUGUUGUUUAUUUAUCAGUUCAUGUGACAGGGCAAGCCUUGUGCCCACCUAUUUAUGAAAAGUAAAUACAAACUCUGUAAGCCCACGUGGCGUGCUAAAGGUCUUUCUAUAAUUAUCUACUGGUUUAUUGAUUGCAGGGCUGACUCCAGGACCCGUCCCUCUGUUCUGGGACGAAAUUUUUUAUUGUUGGGACGGAAACAUCUGAACGUCAGUACAUAAUAUUGAUGAAAAUGUGUUUUCAUAUGCUUAAAAUGACAGAUUUUACACGGAUCAACAACAUGGGCUCCCAAACAGUAAGUGGGAUCGAAAAAAAAUGUAAAGCUGGAGACAGACCUGAUUGGUUGUGUAAGUUUUUGUAACCCUGAACACUCGAUUGUAAGGGUGAUUCAGUGCACCAAUGUGGUCUUGAUAUGCCAUUGGUUAACACAAUGUUGGAGACCACUUUUUUUUACAAAUAACAAAUAUACUAUUUUACAGGACUGUUGCCAUUGUGUGAUUGAUACAGGACUUUGUAUCAAGUGUUGUUAUUAGUAUCCUGUUGAAUUCAAAUGAAAUACAUUAAGCUAAUAGGCCU